GAUAUUUUAUUGUGGUCGGGGACUCCGGUUUGCAGGAUUACUGCUGUAUAACUACGGAAGGCAACAUAAUUCAGACAACCAUUUUACAGUCUCCCCUCUUCUAUCUCUUGCAAUGGCACCAAGAAACCCAAACUCCGAGAAGAUACUCGAUUUUGUGGUAAACAAAGGUAAUGGAAUAAAGGGAUUAGUGGAUACAGGCAUUGAAACCGUUCCCGACCUUUACAUUCUACCAAUCGAGGAGAGAUUGCUACCAAACAACAUCUUACCUUACGACUCCAUCCCAGUAAUCGACGUUUCCAAUUGGGAUGAUCCCAAGGUUAAGGAAUCGAUCUGCGAUGCUGCCGGCAAGUGGGGUUUCUUUCAGAUAAUUAACCAUGGAGUGCCCUUGCAUGUUCUCGACGCCGUCAAGGAAGCCGCUUAUAGGUUCUUUGGGUUACCAUACGAAGAGAGAAACAAGUACUGGGCCGGGAAUUCGCCCACUGACACAGUGACUUUGAAAACAAGCUUUGUUCCGCAGGCAGAGGCUGUUCUUGAGUGGAAAGAUUACCUCAGCUUUCGUUGUAGUCCUCGGGAUCUGGAAUCAUUCCCCCUAUGGCCCCCUGUUUGCAGGGAUGAAGUGGUGGAAUACAUGGAGAGUGCAAAGUCUGUGAUACGGAAGCUGCUGGAGGUCCUCCUGGAGGGCCUGAAGGUGAAACAAAUAGAUAAAGCUAGAGAAUAUACAUUAAUGGGUUCGCCGAUAGUUAACUUAAUGUACUAUCCGCAUUGCCCGAACCCAGACUUCACAGCAGGAGUACAGCCUCACUCUGAUAUAUCAACACUCACUGUUCUCCUCCAAGACGAUAAUGGCGGCCUUUAUGUUCGAGCAACUGAAAAUGAUAGCUGGAUUCAUGUUCUGCCAAUCAAUGGGGCUCUCGUAAUCAACAUUGGAGACAUUCUACAAAUAAUGAGCAACGACAGAUACAAAAGCAUUGAACACCGGGUGGUUGCCAAUAGAAGCAAGGACAGAGUUUCAGUGCCUAUUUUUGUGAAUCCAGGACCAGAUGCUGUUUUCGGUCCUCUGCCGGAAGUGCUAGAAAGUGGGGAGCAACCAUUGUAUAAGGAAGUUGUCUUCUCAGAUUACUUCAAAUAUUUUUUCAGCAAGAAACAUGACGGAAAGAAAUCGAUGGACUUUGCCAGGAUAUGAUUGAUCCCCCUCUGUUGCAAUGUCCUUGCUAAAGUAAAAUGAUUACGGAAAAAAUAAACAUGCUAUAAGAACAUCAAUUUGAUCUGGUUGUCUACGAUCUUGUAUAAUCUCCUAAUAUGCUGAGCUUGAUUGCUUAUAUAAUCGUAAUAACCAAGUUUGAAGUCUGGCAUGAAA